AUGCAGCUUAUCUGGCGUUUGUUUACACUAGCAGGGUCGCUAUGGGUUUCUUGGGUCCAGCAUUAUCUACUCUGGGAUAGCUCAUUCUGGGAUGCAAAGGAGGAUGGUAAAGGCUCUUGGAUUUGGAGGAAACUACUAAAGCUCAGGGACAUUGCUUUUCCUUAUAUGAAAGCUGUUGUUAACAGUGGUGCUGAUGUCUUUUUCUGGUUUGACAACUGGCUCGAUCAGGGGAAGCUUAUUGAUAUCACUGGAGCUGCAGGUACUAUCCUCUUCGGAGUUCCCCGCAAUGCAAGGAUCAGUGACAUCAUGACAGAGGGCAGAUGGAACAUCAGAGGCUGCCACAAUAGAAGCUGGCCAACACUUCAUCGUCAGAUAUUGGACACUCCUGUUCCUUGUCCUGAAGCAGGCUUGGAUGUGAGGCUAUGGAGACAUUCAGACAGUCAGUACAAGGCUACUUUUUCCGCUUCAGAAACUUGGCAGCAGCGUAGACUCAAGCGGGAGACAGUACCCUGGAGCAAGGUCGUGUGGUUCUCUCAGGGGAUACCUCGGUACUGCUUCAUUACUUGGCUGACUGUAAAGAACCGUCUCUCCACCGGUGACAGAAUGCGAAGUUGGGGUGUGCAACAACACUGUCCCCUAUGUGGGGAACCAGAUGAAUCGAGAGAUCAUCUCUUUUUUGCGUGUCCUUUUAGUUACACGGUUUGGGAUAAUGUGGCUGGUCGUCUUCUAGGCCAGAGAAUGAACCCUGACUGGUCUACGACCCUUUGUGCUCUGCAUAGUUCUCGAUUUGCUCCUAUGGACUGGGUUUUGGUUAGACUGGUCUUUCAGAUGACUAUCUAUCAUGUCUGGAAGGAGCGCAAUGGAAGAAGGCAUCAGAAACCUUGGGCAUCAGCAGCUCAAGUUACUCGCUCCAUAGACAAGAUGAUGAGGAACCGAAUCUCAUCCCGCAGAUACGGGGCUAGACACAAGCUGACAGGUCUACUGCGCAGAUGGUUCGAAGUAGCUCCUUAA